AUGUUGCUCUCCUGCUAUUUUCUGCCACUGGUGACGAUUGUUCUGGGGGAAGCAGACGGAGGCGGGGGCUGGUUCUUACAGACAGUUCACCUGACUGACCUCCACCUCCACCUGACUGACCUCCACCUCCACCUGACUGACCUCCACCUGACUGACCUCCACCUCCACCUGACUGACCUCCACCUGACUGACCUCCACCUGACUGACCUCCUCCUGACUGACCUCCACCUCCACCUGACUGACCUCCACCUGACUGACCUCCUCCUGACUGACCUCCUCCUGACUGACCUCCACCUCCACCUGACUGACCUCCACCUCCACCUGACUGACCUCCUCCUGACUGACCUCCACCUCCACCUGACUGACCUCCUCCUGACUGACCUCCACCUGACUGACCUCCUCCUGACUGACCUCCUCCUGACUGACCUCCACCUGACUGACCUCCACCUGACUGACCUCCUCCUGACUGACCUCCACCUGACUGACCUCCACCUGACUGACCUCCUCCUGACUGACCUCCUCCUGACUGACCUCCUCCUGACUGACCUCCACCUGCCUGACCUCCACCUGACUGACCUCCACCUGACUGACCUCCACCUCCUCCUGACUGACCUCCACCUGACUGACCUCCUCCUGACUGACCUCCACCUGACUGACCUCCACCUGACUGACCUCCUCCUGACUGACCUCCACCUUACUGACCUCCUCCUGACUGACCUCCUCCUGACUGACCUCCACCUCCUCCUGACUGACCUCCACCUGACUGACCUCCUCCUGACUGACCUCCACCUCCUCCUGACUGACCUCCACCUGACUGACCUCCUCCUGACUGACCUCCACCUGACUGACUGA